AUGUCGUUUCUUGGCAACACCUCGUCCACAUCAAAUACGUCUAGUGCGGCCACGGGACAAGAAUUACUUAAUGACAUCACAAUAAAUAACCCACCAGAAGACUCAAUUGAAGAUUUAUCCUUCUCACCACAACAAGAUCUACUUGCUGUUGCAAGUUGGGAUAAAAAAGUCAGAAUAUAUGAAAUAGAUCCAAAUACAGGUAACAAUCAAGGUAAAGCCUUAUACGAACACAAUGCACCGGUUUUCUCAUCUCGAUGGUCCUUAGAUGGAACCAAAGUAAUAUCAGGAGGAGCAGAUAAUCAAGUCAAAAUAUUUGAUCUUGCAUCACAACAACAACAACAAAUAGGACAACAUGAUGCUCCGGUAAGAUCAGUACGAUACGUAGAAUGUGGUCCUACUAAUACUCCCGUAGUGGCUAGUGGAUCAUGGGAUAAAACUUUAAAAUAUUGGGAUAUGAGAACACCAAAUCCUGUUAGUACAAUCAAUUUACCAGAAAGAUGUUAUAGUAUGGAUGCAUCACAAAAAUUAUUAGUUGUUGGAUGUGCAGAUAGACAUAUAAGUAUAAUUGAUUUAAAUAAUCCACAACAAAUUUUCAAAACUAGUCAAUCACCAUUAAAAUGGCAAACAAGAGUCAUAUCAUGUUAUCCACAAGCAAAUGGAUUUGCAAUUGGAUCAAUUGAAGGAAGAUGUGCAAUACAAUAUAUAACGGAAUCUGAACAAAAAAAAUUUGGAUUUUCAUUUAAAUGUCAUAGAAAAUCAGGACCAACUACAAAUUCAAGAACUUCAAGUGCAGGUGAAUCUCAAGCUUAUCCAGUUAAUGCAAUUUCUUUUCAUCCAAUUUUUGGUACUUUUAGUACAGCUGGAUCUGAUGGAACUUUUUGUUUUUGGGAUAAAGAUGCAAAACAAAGAUUAAAAUCAUUUCCAGAAUUACCAGGUACUAUAUCAGCUACAGCUUUUAAUAAAAAUGGAUCAAUAUUUGCUUAUGCUGUUAGUUAUGAUUGGUCAUUGGGUUAUAUGGGUAAUAGACCUGAUUAUCCAAAUUUUAUAAAACUUCAUGCUAUAAAGGAAGCCGAAAUAAAGCAAAAGAACAAGAGAUAA